UCUUGUUUUGUGAGAUUUUGAUGGUUCAGGGAGUGGAAUCUGGUGCUAGAAGACAAUUAUUGCAGUGGAUUACACUUUCCCAGUGCCCAGUGGUGUUCUCAGUGUCCUUUGUGACUGGACAUGGACAUUGGCGCGCCGGAAGCUGGAUGGGAUGGCCUGGACUGAAGAGCAGCAACACUGGAUCCAAGGUAAGAUUUUUAUUGUAUCGUUUAUUAUCGUGUUUUAAUUUUUUUUUCUUUUCAUUUCAGGUGACUGGACAUGGACAUUGGCGCGCCGGAAGUUGGAUGGGAUGGUCUGGACUGAAGAGCAGCAACACUGGAUCCAAGGUGGAUGGACAUGGACAUUGGCCCGCCGGAAGCUGGAUGGGAUGGCCUGGACCAUGGAUUACUGUAUCCUGGAUAGUAGAUAGAGAUUUUCGUGUUUCAUAGUAGUGCAAACAAAUUAAAUAAAAGUGCACCAUCGCAUAGUGCGAUUUGAUGCCCAGAAAUAUUAUAUUUAUAUUAUAUUAUAUUAUAUUGGAUAAAUCGAAAUGUUAUAUUUCUGAAUCAACCAAUAAAGCACUAAAUUUGUA